AGUUCUCUCCCGUUUCCUCCGCCUCGCCCUCGUAUCUUCCUCCCCUCCUCGAUCGCCGCUCCGGCCAUGGCGAACGACGGGUCGCAGAGCGCGCGCGGCGGCGGCGGCGGCAGGAGGUGCUGCUGCGGCGCCCUCACGCGCGUGGACCUCCUGGUCUUCCUCCUCGCCGCGGCGCUCUGCUCCGCGUCCUACUGCCUCGGGGUAUGGCACAACAGCCGCGGCGCCGCGGACAGCCGGGUCCUGGCGCCGAGCGCCGGCGCCAACACCUACUGCGGGGACGACGCCCGCGAGCCGCUCGACUUCGAGACGCGCCACGCCGCCGAGGACGCCGGGCUCUCCGCGCCUACUACUACGGCGGCGGCGGCGGGGACGACGAGCACCCGGCGGGCGUUGCGCGGCGCCGCGGACGGCGGCGUCCGCGUCCGGCUCACGGGCGCCGUCGCCGUCCGAGCGUAGGUCCGCGCCAUGUGCACGUGGCCUCGGCGCGCGUCGCUCCGGACGUCGGAGUUGGAGCCCCCCCACCCCACGCCGUGUUCCCGGCUCCGGCGCUCGAUCCCAAUGAAGUUCCGGGGUCGUCUGUUGCAUUUGGUGGGGCGCGAGUUUACCGUCUAGUCCUUCUUGGCUGUUUUUCAGAGUUUUCGAUCAUUCCAGGGGAUUUAUGUGAACAUUUCCUUUUCCGUGA